AUGGAUAUCAGUGCGGGCACUGACGCUACCCAGUCUAAAGACACGACGACCAUGCCGGAUGAUUCUGGCCCGGCUCCAUCUGGACUUCCCACGAUCAUUGAAGAGACCAAGCGGUGGAGCAGAGGCCUCGUCAACACCAGGGGUUAUUGCUAUCGGAAUGCAGUACUCCAAGUCUUGUUCAACCAGCCUGAGCUGAGGGAGUUGAUUGAGAACGGUCACACCGAUUGCGGGCUAGGCCAGUAUGAAUGCGUUCUGUGCGCGCUUCAACAUCUGAUGAACACCUAUUGGAGUAACUCAGACGAUAGCCUUCUAAGGUGGGAUGCUUUGAGGUUUCACGAUACACUGGAAGCCACAGUCCCUGCUGACCACCCGCUGCACAGAUGUUUCCAAGGAGAUAAGGGUGGUUAUAGCAAUAGGUUUUUGGGGUACAUUCUGGACCAAUUCCAACAAGAAGAGGAACAAAAAGGUAGGUCGAUGAUGAAGACCCUGCUUAAUUUCCGACAAGAAGUUGUCUGGACCUGCAAUGACUGCCAACGCCAAUUCCGUCACACGGAGAAUUGGGACGAGACUGCCCAUUACCCGAACAAUCUCUACAUCAUCGAGCCAUGGCGGACUGCAGAAUCACUCGAGGCAUACUUUAGCGACGACAGCUACCAGGAAGAGGCAACGCUCACAGGCGACGGCAGCGCUUUCUGGACCAAACCGAGCAUGGCCAGGAGCAGACUCGAACUCAAGAAACACGGCAGACCAGGAAGCCGAAAACAUGGAAGAUACACCUGCCGCAAGUACAUCAUCGAGGCGCCACAAGUCCUGCUAAUAUACUGGCUUGCAUGGGACUAUAAGAAGGACAGCGCUGACCGCCACGCAGAGACCAUCGAUCUUCGAGAGUCCACAAAAGACGGUGUACAUCUGCUGUACAAACUACAAUCCGUCACUGCGUACCUCGAUGUGCCGGCGCACGAAAUCGCCGCAGUGCGCCAGCCCGACGGCAAGCAGUUCAAGACCUUGAACGACCUCGUGGUUACGCAGUCGUGGCCAGGAGAUGGCAAUGUGAUGGAGCUUCUGAGCCCGAGAGUCGAGAUGGGCUCCCAUGGCCACCCGGGGGUCGAAGACUUCCACAUUGAUCUGCUGUGCUACAGGAAGGUAAGUGAGUGA